UGUAAUUGUCAAUAAAAAACAACAAAACAAAGAAGACAACGGCAGAAAUGUAUGCGCAAGGAAUAAUAAUGGAGGAAAUGAAUUUGCGCGUAUUUGCUGGAACCUGCUGCUUCCCCACUUUCCUCCCAUGUCUUCAGACACCUGUGUUGUUAUCCACCUCUUUGUUCUUUUCUGAAAGUUCUUUCAUUUCUUCCUUCAAUUCGUCAAAUUUAUCCACUAGCAGCUGCUUCCUUUCCUUUCCUUGCCGGCUGUUUCCGGCUUUUUGGUAGCUUCUCUCUGUAGUAGAUCUCCAAUUCCAAUGCGUUGAGCUUCUCGCUGAGAUUUGGUUGCUCUGGAACUCCAUUUCUGAUCCAGAAGCUGAAAACCCAGAAGUAAAAACAAAGAAAUAGAAAUCUAGGAAGAUCAAAGGGGAGAUCUUUCGUCCAUCCAAAGAUGAGGGGGUGGAAUUUGCGUUCUGGGUCUUGUUGCUUCUUCUUGGUUUGCUUUUUCAGCUUGAUUGGUCUCUUUGUUCCUUCGUCCUCUGCUUCCACUUUCCUUUCAGGUUCUGUCUUUGAAUCGCAUUCUGCUGCUGGGAGGAAUCUGCUUCAAGCUAGAAAAGCUUGCCCUGUGAACUUUGAGUUCAUGAACUACACGAUAAUCACGAGCCAAUGCAAAGGACCCAGCUACCCUCCCAAGGAAUGUUGCUCGGCGUUCAAGGACUUUGCCUGCCCUUACAGCGAUGUCAUUAAUGAUCUGACCAACGACUGUGCAUCAACCAUGUUCAGCUACAUCAACCUCUACGGCAAGUAUCCGCCUGGUCUUUUUGCAAGCGAGUGCAGGGAAGAUAAACAAGGACUAUCUUGCCCUGCACUUUCGCCCUCCCAAUCUGCCAACGACAGUGGAAGUCAUGAUUUACGAGCCCGAUCAGCACUGCUGAUACUCUCAACUGCAUUGCUAGUCAUUUUGCUUCAGUUACUUUGAUGGUUUGAGCUCAUCAUCUUGUCCACAAUUUGUUUCUGUCCUCCCUCUCGGCUUAGCCUGGUUUACCGUCAUGUACCAGUUUCAUGUAGGCAUAAUGAGAAAGAAAGGUUCGAAAAUUCGCUUCUGAAUUGGGUUUUGUUCACAGUUAUGAUUCCCUGUGGCUGAGGAUUAUGUUGAUUCAAUAUAUUUGUAUAUGUAUGAUGCAUUUGAACUAAUGUAACACUUAUGGUUCUUGAAAGCUUGUUUUUCUUGUCAUAUAUUUUGAGCUAAUCAAAACUAACUUAACCGAAACAAACAUAGUAUUUCGCAC